UUUUAAUUAUAGUCAUAGUCGGCUAGCUAGUUAGUUAGUUAGUUAGUUAGUUAGUUAGUCAGUUCGUUUGCGAGUUGGUUAGUUGAUUUUUAGUUUUUAGUUUUAUUUUGAUAAUUUUUUCAUGUGCGAUUCAGAUUUGAUUUACCUACCUAUGUGCGUGAUACUCGUACGUGUGCGAUGCGGUGCGGUGCGGUGUGUAGGUGUUUAGUAUACUCGUAGUCUGUGUAUCUGUGUAGUGUGUACCUACCCGCACAUUUCAAUACUCGUACAUUAACAUUUUCUUCGAGUACCUACCUAAGUAGUACGCGUACAUAUAACUCGGUACUGGUGCUAUUUGUUUUCGUUUCCUCUUUCUAAUACCUAAUACCUAAUACGCUUUUUAGUAUUUUUCCUCUUUAUUUUCUCAUUUUUUUGCCCUCUCGUUUCAAUCCUACCUAAAUACGUACCUGUUUGUAUUGUUUAUUUCACGCGUGUGUUUUUUUUGUGUCGCGGCUGCAAUCAAGCAAAGCGUUGUCUAGUCCAUUCUUGUACUCGAAUAUGUUUAGGUACCUACUACAUACCUGUACUCGUACCUACCUAAUCAUUGAUCGUGUUUCUGUUUCGUUUUGUUGGGUUUUUUUUCGAACGCAGACGCAUUCUGCACAGUGCCUUUAGUGAACGUGUUUUUUGGUCAACGUUUUUCUUCUCGCCUCGCUUCGUACCGCGUACCUACGUAAAGUACAAAGCUGCUUGCUGAUUAGUGAUUGCAAUUACCUAUCGGUACCUAACUUACCUCUAUAGUGACCGCAAGUACUCGUAUUCGUACGUCGUAUUUAUGUAGUCUACCUACUGCACAGUAGAUACAGGUCAGCACUCGCACCCGCGUCCGAGUCCGAGUCCGAGUCCGAGUCGGUUUGAAGAGGUGCACACUGUUUACGAUGCGGUGCCCCAUGUGGCGGCGUGACGACUAUUUAGUUCGUAGUUGCCGCAGCCGCAGCCGCAGUCGCAGUCGCAGUCGCGGUCGCGGUUUCACUGUACGCGCGCGUUUUUAAUUUCAAACACUAAAUCCAAAAUGAGCGUGGAACAAGCGUUCCGCUAGCUGUUCUACUCGCCUGCUGAUUGCUGACGCUUACGCUGACGCCAAAGCCGACGAGCUGGUCUACCUAUUCGUACUUACUACCUGCGAAAAUUACUCGUAUCUACGCGCAUUGUAAAUACACACGUACAUCCCCUAUAUUACUCGUACUCGAAGAUACCUAGUCUCCACAGCGCGUAGGUACUGUAAGGCAGCGCCGCGCCGCGCCGCCGCUUUCGCGAGUUGAUACACCACCGUAAAAUACGAGUUUAUAUGGACGUCGUCGCGUUGAUGGUUGCAUUCUACCAGAUAAUUAUCCGCUCCCGCAACUUGAAAAUUCAUUCGCAAGACAAAAGACACCGCGUGGCGUAACAGCGACGACAGCAGCGCUGGCAACGGCAGCCACAACAACGACAACGAUAACGACAACAACGAUAUCAACAACAACGACGACCACAUCAGAUUUGGUGACCGAGUGGCGACGCAGUGACGUCAUCGUCGCCAUGUUGUGCCUCGAAGGAUGUACGUCAUUUUUCCGGCCGAAGACGUAGUAGAGUUGACAAUAGCUCGGCCUCCCCAACCCAGAUUUCAACAUUGCAGUUGCCAUUGUAUCGCUCUGCAAAAACGAGCCCAAUCCGCUCCUCACUCUGUGAUAUCAUCCGCGAUCAAAAGAUCGUCAACAGUGGACCAAAGUUGUGCCGCUGUCUCGUCAACGGACGUCAACGGUAACACCAACACCAACACCAACACCAACACCAAUACCAAUACCAAUAGCAAUAGCAAUAGCAAUAAUAAUACUACCACCAACACCAAUACCAAUACAACCGUCUGCACUACCUCUACUACCACCACCAACAACAACAACAACAACAGUACCACCACCACCACCACUGCAACUGCGAACUCCACCAACAACGCUGGUGCCACCACCACCGCCGCCACCAUCACUAAUAGCAGCAUCAACGCGAAUUUCGUCAAUUGCCCUUCUGUAGCCGAGUUGGGAAAGUCACCUGAGAAAAAGAUCAUCAAACACCGCAAAAGCAGUCCAAAAUCGUCGUCGAAUUUGGAAAAGAACGCCAACGCCAACGCCAACGCUGCAGCGGUAGCUCACUGCAAAAUGUCAGCCAACUCGAACGAGCCUUCUUUGAAAGAUGUGUCGCAUCCGUCGUUCAACGAACAGUUGAAAUCUUACAAUACAGCUACUUUUAAACUAGUCAAAACAGUUUCGGACUUCAGUCAAGAAUUGUCGAAAGCGUACGAAGAACACGCUGUCAAUCUUCAACAAAUUGUCGCCAAUUAUAGAAAAAAAAACGCCGAACUCAGAAAGGAAAGGCCGAGUUGCCAGAGUUCGUUAUUUCACGUUUGGGAAUCGCUGCUGCAAGAGGUGGAAAUGGAUUGCCAAGCGCACGGAGAUAUCGCCAAUGUGUUCACUAGACAAGUAUCCAGGCCACUUUUGGAUAGAUCAUUCCAUCGUAAAGUGCAAGCGAGAAAAAUUUUCGGUCAUCGCGACUCGUUCGAAAUAAUUAUCAAUAAAGCGGAAGAAAAAUUGGCCAAGUGUCGACAAGAGUACAAAGCAGCGUAUUCAGCUCAUUUGUCUUCGCCGAAUAGCUCGACGACUUUAAGUAGCUACAUCGAUGCCCAUAAUGCGUACGUAAGACAAUUGCACGCUACCAAUGGUAUGGUGGAGCAGUACAGCAAAGAAACAUUGCCGGCUUUAUUGCAGGAGCUAGAAGAUGUGUAUUCGGAUUUAUGCAGUACAGUGUCUGAUUCUAUUUUACAAGGAGCCGAAUCCAUAACCUGCAAAAGUGCCGAAAGAAUAAAACGUUACGAAAAUAUCAGUUCGUUGUGUCGAUCGGUACUGCCGAAUACGGACGUUGCGUAUUUUAUCAGAUAUUUGUUUCCGUUACCAAAUCAGCCGCAUCCGUCGCAUCGACUGCGAGUGUUUGUGUAUCCGGUACCAUCGCAAAGUACUGCUGCCGGCUCCGGCUCCGGCUCCGGCUCCGCUACUGAUCAAGAAAAUACCGCUACUUUGAAUCAAGAGUAUUCGUCCACAGCUGAACAGCUCGCGCAAAUGCUUCCAAAAAACGAACUGGUGACAGAUUACUGGAAUGCUAGCGAGGUACGCGACAAACACGAUGCUUUGAAAGCGGAUGCAGUGAAAUUGGAAGCUCAAAUAAAGCAACUUCAAGACUCGUUAGAUACAUUAUUAAGAAUACAACAAAGGAGUCUAGAAUCUUCGCUGUUUAAUAAAGUCAACGAAUUGCAAGAAGAUAUCAGCAUCAAACGUUACGACUUACGAAUAGCGCAAAUUCAACUAGCUGCUGUUCGAGCUCAGAAAGAACUGUUCAGCGUUAAAUUGGAUAACAUGGAGGCUAAUUCGCGAGACAGAAAGUUGUCGGCUAUUUCCAACGCCAGCAUGAAAUCAAAAUGGUUGAAAGCGUUCAAAAGUUUGAAAACCAGCGUACCUUCCAACGGCUCUACCAAAGAAACUGACAAUACAAGUACGAAUACGAAUACGAAUGCGAAUACGAAUGCGAAUGCGAAUGCGAAUACGAAUACAAAUUCACGUUCACGCAGAAAAAACGAAAUGUACCACGCCGUCUCUACAAUAAUAGCAAUGAGGAAGAGCGGCAGAGAUGGAUUCCAAGUGAGUAGCAGUCCGGAUUUAAUUCAUCAAUUUCAAGAGUACACGUACAAGAAAAUCACGCCGUGCGACGUGUGUUCGCAAGUGUUACGCGGUCACACUAGGCAGGGCUUGAAGUGUCGUGUUUGCAAGAUGAACGUGCAUUUGGAUUGCCAAGAAAAGGUCACCACCAGAUGUCAAACGAAAUCUCGCCUGCUUAGAAGGCAAAAAUCGACGUCCGAAAUCGAGACGCGUAUCAUCGCCACCAUGCCCGAAGAAGAAGCUAUUUCUUUAUCAGGUUCAUCGUUUGAUGGUUGUCCAAAUUCAGUCAGUCCAAACUCGGCUAGCCGGCGUGUUAGUUGGAAAACCUGGCAAACUCCUCGCUUCUAUUCAAGACAAAAUAGCCCUAGAUUAGGUCGUGAACACGAAGAAGAUGUCACUGAUGAAGUUGAUAACACUUAUCAAGUUAUAAAACAAGCGAAUGAACUAAAGUCGAUGUCGAACGUUGGCGGGGUGACAGGCGUAAGCGUUUCAGCGGCGGCGGCGGCGGUGGCAUCGUCGGUGACAACCACUUGCGGGAGCAGCCGGAUAACAGCGCCGGCCGAACCACCCAGAAAAGUGCACCCCGUUGCGGCCAAUAUUAUGACGCGUGUGACUGGCGUCGGUGCAGGCGCAGGCGCAGGCGCAGGCGCAGGCGCAGGCGCGGGUGCAGGCACGGGCAUGGGUGCAUCAUUGAGUGUUGUUUCACCACCGGUCGCUUCUAGUUCAGAUUACGGUUGGACGAAUAGGAAUAUGAGUGGCGGUGGCGGCGGCGGCAGUAAUGUGAUUGUUCAUCGUCAGCCAAUGGCAGCUACAGAAACCACUCGCAAGAGACGAUUGUUUGGUGGCGUUCGCAGUUUUACCGUUUUCGGCGGAGGCAGGUCUCAAGGCAGAUCUACCUCCUUGCCCGAAAAAACUAUACCGUAUGCCGCCGGCACCAGACCAUUUGGUCAGCCGCUAAUGUUAUCUCGUGUACUGCCCGAAAAUGGUGACGUUCACGUUCCUUCCAAGCAACCGAACAAAAUUAGCUCCAGCUCCGGAGGCGGAGGCGGAGGCGGAGGCUCAGGCUCAGGUGGAGGUGGCGGUGCUUUCAGCGGUUUGUUUAAAAAACAUUCGUGAAUCUGGCUUCUGGCGAAUCGUGCGUAAUACGGCGCGGCGCCCACCCCCCCCCCCCCCCUCCCCCACCCCACUGGCUUUUAAUGACGCGUCACGUCGCGUCGCGUCGCGUCGUCGUGUUGCAAAAUUCUUCUUUUUGACAAUCGACACAAACUCGAAAGUCGAAACGUAUGCCUACUUAUACGAGUACAGCAUACAUUGUAUGGUACGUUACCAAAGAGAGAAAGAGUGAGCGAGAGAGAAGCGGUAUAAAAACUGAGAACUGCGUUGUUGCGAUCCGAGUGAUACGUACGUCGUACACGUAUCAGCGUAUCACUAUUCAGUAUUCACUAUCUACGUGAUCGGCCAGUGUCACGUCAUAAUACCUACCUAUUCGUACUUAGGUAUAAAUUCAAAAUUGCAAAUUGCGGUAGGUACGAGUAUAUCGUCGCAUCACUCGCGCUAGUUGGUCUACUGCACCACACAUACUCGUAAGUAUAGGUAGGUAGGUAGGUAGUAGCCGCUGCGCUACUCCACCGGCAGCCAGCAGCCGGCAGGCCGGCCAUCUAUACUCGUACUACAUAAUACAUAAUGUAUGUGUAGCCUGUAGGUGUACAAUGUACAUACCCAAAGGCCAGAGAGCCAAACAGUCGCCUUUCGUCUACAUUAUCUUAUAUUUGUAUGUAGGUACCUACCUACCUUGCUUACCACUCGCAUGUACUAUCUACGUAUGUACUAUGUAAGUACUUGUACCUUUCUAAUACUCGCGAGAAUGUAUUUGUACAGUAGGUAGGUGUAUAAAUGUAAAAUUGGUUGUUCGUUUUUUGUUUUUGUUUUUUUUACGAGGAUUUCGACAAAUUUCGAAUAAUUAGGUGCCUACGUAGAAUCUGCUAGGGUACAUAUGUAGUUACUAGUUACUUUUGAAAAGACUUGUGUGAGGUUUUGAUAGUUUGCGUUUGGAAUUUGAAAAGUGUUGAAAAAAGAGAUUCGAAGAACAUUUGAAAAACAAAACACACACACACACACACACACACACACACACUCACUUAGUUAGCAGGUAGUAGGUACCAUAUCGUGGACAGGUACGAGUACGAGUGCAUAGCGGGCGUGGAUAUGUGCUUAUUAGCAUCGGCAUUAGCCGCCAAGUGCUAGGUGCCAACUCGCCAACUGGGCUGUCGUGUCUGCCUUCACACUUGACAGUUACGAGUUACGAGUAAUUCUGUCUAAAAGUAUAGCGAUAGCCAUAGGUAAUGGUAUCUUAGGGAGGUACGAGGUACCUACAAAUACGAGUAUGUUGCUCUUACUGGACUACAUAGUGCAUAGAUAAGUACGAGUACCUACCUAACUAUUUGUAGUGUAGCGUUCUAGCGUCAGGCGUGAAGCGUGAAGCGUGAAGCGUGACGUGCGCAUUAUGAUACGUACGAGUAGCUAUUCGUAUGUGGACCAACUCGUCGCGAUUGCGGUUGCGGUUGCGUUGCGGUUGAAAUGUCGUUGUUACCUACGAGUAUAUGUCUAUGUACUCGUACAUACGUAUAUUGUACCUACUCGUACUAUACCUAGCUCGCCUGCAGGAUAGCAAAUUAGCCAAAAAGCGUCCGCGUCGCGUUGGUUAGUGGUCACUGGUCACUGGUCACACACCGCGCCGCACACGCGUUAAUCUGCAGGCAUGGCCAAUUGGCCAAACUGUAUCGCGGUGUACCUCUACCUACCUACUACCUUGUAUACCUAGACCUACCAUACCAUACGUACGCGAUAUAAAGCAUGUUGCACUUUUUGCGCGUUCGUUCGAGAUUUUCAUUCAUUUGCGACUACCUACUUUGUAUUUAAAUUCAUAUCGUGGUCCUCUAAGGUCCUGGCGUCCUGGCGUAUCUCUCGCUUAUUCAACUACAUACCACCAGUAUACGAUAUUCGCGGCCAUGCGUAAGUAAAGGUCACAGGUCUGAAGGUAGUUACGUAAACGUAAACGUAAACGUAGCCUCGUAUUAAAAUUACCGUACACCUAUUUAGGUAGGUAGAGAUAUGUAUGUACUUGUAUGUGUACCUGCACAGUAGGUAGGUACUUAUACUUAGUUUAGUUACUUUUUCGUACCUCCGUAUUCCAUUAGGUACUUAGCUUGGUAGUUGGUAGACUAGAUGUUUUUGUCAAAUGUACUCGUAAAAGUAUUUACGUAUGUACAAACGUACAUACCUAGGUAUAAGUAUAUUAAUGUACGUAAGUAUGUACCAAUAUUUGUGUAGCUAGUUUUACUCAGAUCAAUGUUGUGGUUGUUGUUGUUGUUGUAAUUUAAUUUUCAUAAGGCCUAUUCUUGUUGUUGUUAUUAUUAUUUGUCUUCUUCUUUUCUUUUCUUUUUUCUUUCUUUCUUUUUUUUUUUUUAUAGUUUUUUAGUUUGCGCGUCUUCUUACUCUAUUUCGGCAACAUUUUACAUUUUGUAUUUUACGUAUGGCGUAUAAAAAUAAUUUAUUAGGGUACCUGUUUAUGAAACGAUAGCGAAAGCACAACCAUUGUCUCACGUAUGUGUACUAUCUACCUACAUUAUUCUUGUAUGUAUUUAUUCGUUUCGCGUUAUUAAACGUUUGGUUUUUCUUUUCUUUU